AUGGUAAAAACUCGACACCAGUACACAAUGGAACAACAAUCAAGUAAUGCAAACAUGGAUACACAGACACAUUCAGACACAGAAAUUAAUACAGACACGCAAACACAUCAAAAUAAUCCGCUACAGACACAAAUAAACGCCGAGAGGAGCAAUUCAGAACCAAACCUGACAGACCACGUCACGUCUAAUGACGCGGCGGGGGCAAGUUCAUUUUGCAAUCAAAAUUUUGGCGCUAUACUGAAUUCAAUUUUGGAAGGCAUAUCCAAUAUUAAACAAGAUAAUGACGAAAAAUUCUCACAAUUAAUGACAGACAAUGCAGCCUUCAGAAAUGACAUAAAAUCAGACUUCGCCAUACUGACUCAAAAGGUAGAUGAAAUUAAUACACGUCUUUCCAAACAGGUCGACGAUCUUACGGAAAAAUUCGAAAAUUUAGAAUUACGACAAAGCGACAAUGCCAAUCACAUCCAUGACUUGACAAAAACCUGUGAAACUAUUAAUUGCAAACUAGAAUCAAACACGCACGCAUGUGACGAAAUUAAUUUAAAGGUACAACCCAAUAGUACACCCAGGGAAGAAUUCAAUGAUUACACGGAAAGAAACAGACGAACACGUAACAAAGAAGAAGAAAGUCUAUUCAAGCACCAACAAGAACCAACACACAACUCACGCAGUAGGAAUCAACAUGUCUACAUUGCUACAUUACCAAACACACAGCAAAAUUCACAACACACAGUAAACAUGCAAAACAGUCACCACAACUCACAGCUGCACACAAACAACAACUACAACUAUACACAGGGAGAUAACCCGUACAAAAAACGAAGAAACAACAAUUUUAAUUCAAGAAGCAAUAAUGGAAACAACAACGGACACAAAGCAAAACACAAACACUGGCAAAGAAACAACAACACAGAUUACACAAGAAAUGGAACACUUACACCGCACUUUAAUCAGAACGACAACCAGUAUGAUGUGAGACAGUGGCAAACACCGCAACCGCCACCACAAAAUCAUAUUCAGAUGCCACAAGGGAAUUUUGCGCAAACAAGCAACACAAACCAACAAGUGACUUCAGCCAAACGAAACCAGACAGGUGAUUGGCAAAGACAAUAUCCAAAUCCCUUAGCAGAGUAUGCUGAUACAAAAACAAGACAAGCUGACAGACUAAAUGACCGGAGACAAUUGCUGCUCUGA